CUUAAAGGCUAGCAAGCAGCUCUCGUUCGCGGAUGAAACCGCUAAUUCCCUGCCCCUCUCUUAUACUUGUCCGUCUACCCACGCAAUGUCCUCCUGUAUAGCCUCCCAGCAGGACGACCCUGAGCGCGAGCGCCAGCGCGUUAUCCUAGACCGUCAGCUCCACGGCCUAGAUAAUGGAACAUCACCAAAACACAAUGUUUUAACGUACGCGUCCAUCUCAGACCGAACCAUUCUGUCUGUGAGUUCCAUCUGCGCAAUCCUAGCUGGCGCCCUGAACCCGCUCGUGCCAGUCAUCUACGGUCUCCUAGUCAGCGUCUUCGACGGCUUCGAGGCCGGCACUGUCGAGGCGUCCGAGCUCCGCUCUAAGAUCGCCACGUUCUCGCUGUACUAUGUCUAUCUCAGUAUCGCGCUGUUUGUGCUUACCUACGUCGCGACGGUCGGGUUCUACUAUGCCGGUGAUCGUAUUGCUCGUGCCCUGCGGACAGCGUAUCUAUCCGCCAUCCUGCGGCAGAAUAUGGCCUUUUUUGAUACCCUGGGGCCAGGGGAGAUCACCAGCCGGAUCAUGUCGGACAUGGGGACUGUGCAGGAGGCGGUUACGAGUAAAUUGGCGGUGAUGCUCACGGCGCUCGCGACGUUCUGUGCGGCGUUCGUGGUCGCCUUUAUAAUGUACUGGAAGACCGCAUUAAUUAUAAGCCCGUUUUUCGUGGUCAUGAUAGUCACGGAGAGUCUCGGGGGUGCGUAUAUGGUGAAGCACCACAGGCGGGCUAUGGAGCUGUAUACCCAAGCGGCGGGGGUGGUUGAGGAGGCCGUCGGUGCGAUCAAGCAUGUCACGGCGUUUAGUAUCCAGUCUCUGCUGUCCAACCGGUAUCGGGAAGUGUUAGAACAGGCCGGGAGGGCAGACCGCAAGGCGGAGAAUAUGGUUGCUGUGAUGAUUGCGUGGAUGAACGCCAUGCCGAAUCUCAUCUAUGCGCUUGCGUUCUGGGCUGGUUCGAUUUACCUUGUUCGCGGAGAGAUGACCAUUGCCGAAGUGAGUUCGACGACUCUGGCGGUCACGAUUGGGUCGUUUGCGAUUAUUCGCAUUGCGCCGUCGGCGCAGGCGUUGCUUUCCGGCAUCGCGAUUACGGGCAAGGUGCUUGAGGCCAUUGCCAGGCGGUCGCCGCAGGAUCCUUUGGCGGCAGAGGGAGAGCAGCUGGAGGGCGUGCAGGGAGAGAUUCUGUUCGACAACGUUGGACUGGUCUAUCCCUCUCGAGAGGAGGUAGAUAUUCUUCGGGGGUUGUCGCUGAGGUGUGGUGCGAUGAAGAAGACGGCGAUUGUAGGCUCGUCUGGAAGUGGAAAGAGCAGUGUAUUCGGGUUGUUGGAGCGGUUCUACGAGCCGACAAGCGGAGCAGUUCUACUGGACGGACGCGACAUUCAAUCCCUCAACCUCCGCUGGCUGCGUAGCCAGAUCGCCCUGGUGGAUCAAAUACCCGUCCUCUUCAACGGGACGAUCCUCGAAAAUAUCCUAUACGGAGCCCAAGACAUGUUUAGCCAGCUGUCCCCAGCCGAGCAACAAGAGCGAGCCAUCCAAGCAGCAAAAAUGGCCGAUGCCCACAACUUCAUCGCCACAUUGCCGGACGGCUACUAUACCCCAGUCGGAGAGAAAGGCCUGCAGCUGUCCGGAGGUCAGAGACAGCGUGUUGCAAUUGCUCGGGCCCUGAUCAAGAACCCUAGGAUCCUGCUUCUGGAUGAGGCCACGGCGGCUCUUGAUUCAAAAUCGGAGGCUACGGUCCAGCGAGCCUUGGAUGCGGCAUCGCAGAACCGCACCACAAUUAUUGUUGCACACCGGCUUUCGACAAUCCGGAACGUGGACCAUAUUAUUGUGCUGGAACAGGGCAGAGUGGUGGAAGAAGGGGUACACGAGGCACUCAUCGCGCAGGACGGCGUAUAUGCUGCUUUGGUACGAAAGCAGCAGCUUGUGGAGGCUGAAAGCACGGAGAACGCUGAUCUGUCUGUUGAUGAAGCGGAAUCGCACUUGGAUGGAGCUGCUGUGUCUUAUAUCGACGAGAAAGCGACGAUAAAGGAAGAAAUUGCCCGACAGUCCGAGCCGACAGAGCAGCAAACAAAGGGCGCCGGUGGGCUCAGUGCUCUGCAAACCCUCACCUUCAUCGCACACCUAAGCAAGCGCGACUGGAAGAUUCUGCUUUUCGGUCUAUCCAAUGCCAUUCUAGCGGGCUUGACGAUCCCAGUGCAAUCCGUCUUCUUCGCGAAAAUCCUCGCCGUCAUUGGCCUCCCCUCCUCUCAAUACCACCAGCUCCGCAGCGAAGUGAACUUCUGGUCGGGCUUGUACGUGAUGCUCACCGGGACAACCUUCAUCUUCUGGCUCGGCGUGGAAAUCGCCCUCUCCCUUGCAACCCAAAAGCUCGCCCAACGCGUUCGCGAAAUCUGCUUCCGCGCAAUCCUAAUCCAGGACAUGGCCUUCUUUGAUAUACAAAUAAACUCCCCCAGCGCAUUGUCCAGUGUCCUCUCAAAAACCACCAACGAUCUCGCCGGCAUGGGAGGGCCUGUGCUUGGUGGGAUACUGACAUUCGUCUCGACAAUUGUCGCGGGGAUCGUCCUCUCCCUCGCUAUCGGCUGGAAGCUAGCCCUCGUGUGCACAGCGACCAUCCCCAUCGUCGUGGCGUGCGGUUGGCUCCGCCUCCAAGUCCUCUCAACCUUCGACAGUAAAGUCCGACAGAGCGGCCUCGAAGCAGCCUCGUACGCCGGUGAACUCGUCCGCACAGUCCGCACCGUUGCAUCACUGGGAAUCGAGGAACGAGCCCUAGCCCGCUACGAGGGGAUUCUGGAAGCCCAAGGCGCGAAAUCGCUGCGGUCUAUCUUAGUCGCUUCAGCACUGUACGCGGCGUCGGCGUCGAUUGUGUACAUGUGUGCGGCGCUGGCGUUCUGGUAUGGGGGUACCCUGAUCGCUAAUCACGAGUACUCGACCUUCCAGGUGUAUAUUUGCUUCGUGGCACUGAUCUCGGGCAGCCAGAUUGCGGGGAGUAUCUUUACUUUUGCACCUGAGGCCAGUAAGGCGAUGCAUGCGGCGAAGGACUUGAGGGGGAUUAUGGACCUUAGACCUACAAUUAACAAGAUGCAGCGGGAUCCAGCAACCCAGGUGCCUGAGCAGAAUGCCAGGUCGGAGAAGAGUCAGAGCGCGAAGGCAGUCCGCAUCGAGUUUCAAAACGUCUCCUUCACCUACCCUUCCCGACCUGGACGAGUAGCGCUAGAUAACCUCACCAUCACCGUUGAACCAGGCCAGACCCUAGCACUAGUCGGUCACAGCGGUAGCGGCAAGAGUACAACUGUUUCGCUGCUAGAGCGGUUCUACGAGCCCGAUGCAGGGAGGAUUCUUAUCGAUGGGCGUGACAUCAGAUGUCGGGAUGUAGACGAGCACCGCCGAGAUCUGAGUCUGGUGAGUCAGGAGAAUGUAGUCUUUUCAGGCACGAUAAGAGAGAAUAUUGCGGUUGGGUUGGCGGGGCAGGAGGUAAGUGAGGAGAGGAUUCUCGAGGCGUGUGGGCAGGCGAAUAUUCUGGACUUUGUACAGUCUCUCCCCAACGGCCUAUCAACAAUAGUAGGCACCGGCGGAAGCAUGCUGAGCGGCGGCCAAAAGCAACGCAUUGCCUUGGCGCGAGCAUUCCUCCGGCACCCCAAGGUGCUCUUACUAGACGAGGCAACCUCAGCGCUGGACGCGCACUCUGAAGCCCUUGUGCAGGCAGUUAUGGAUCGGAUCCGGACGGACAGGACGACGAUUAUGGUUGCGCAUCGGCUUAGUACGGUGCAGGGCGCGGAUGUCAUUGGAGUUUUGGAGCAGGGAAGGUUGGUGGAAUUGGGGAAUCACGAGGCGCUUAUGGGGAAGAGGGGGAUUUACUGGGAGAUGGUUGGGAUGCAGAAUUUGCACUGAGCGUUACAUCUAAUAUCGGGUGGACAGGCAGUUAUAUAAAU